AAUUUGAUCCUCGACAAGCUCUCUCUUAUAAUGGCGGAUGACUUGCCGGAGCAGUUUGACCUAAUAGUCAUAGGCACAGGCUUCACUGAGUCUUGCAUUGCCGCGGCGGCCAGUCGGGUGGGCAAGUCGGUGCUCCAUUUAGACAUCAAUGACUACUACGGUAAUGUCUGGGGCUCAUUAGGCAUUGAAGACCUGAUAAGUCUGUUGGCCAGGGAAGCUGCACCGCACUCGACGCUACGCAAUGGAAGCUACCACUGGCACGAGCAAUCUGCUGCCACUCCCACGUCAGAAACGGAAGAGAUGAAAGUAGAGACUGGGCAGGUAUGGACGCGGGAGACAGUGCUGGCCAUGUCGCGUCGAUUCUGCAUUGAUCUCUGCCCACGUGUUCUCUACUCCGCUGGAGAGCUGGUGCAGCUGCUUAUCAAGUCCAACAUUUGUCGCUAUACGGAAUUCCGUGCCGUGGAUAAUGUGUGUAUGCAUCAAAACGGAACGAUCGUUUCGGUACCCUGUUCGCGCAGUGAUAUCUUUAAUACGAAGUCGUUGACUAUAGUGGAGAAGCGAUUGCUGAUGAAAUUUAUGAACGCGUGCAAUGACUACGGAGAGGACAAGUGCAACGAGGAUACUCUGGCCUUCCGGGGCAGAACGUUUUUCGACUAUCUGAAGGCGCAGCGUGUGACCGAGAAGAUUGCCUCAUGCGUGACGCAGGCCAUUGCCAUGUGUGGUCCUGACACUAGCUUUGAGGAGGGAAUGCUGCGCACUCAACGAUUUCUACACAGCCUCGGUCGUUAUGGCAACACGCCCUUUCUUUAUCCCAUGUACGGGUGUGGGGAAUUUCCUCAAAGCUUCUGUCGUCAGUGUGCUGUAUACGGGGGCAUUUAUUGCUUGAAACGAUCUGUGGAUGACUGUAGCGUGGACGUCAACUCGAAUGAAGUUUUGAUAAGCAGCGCUGGAACAACGUUCCGCGCGAAACAUGUGGUUUCUGCUCCUAGAUAUCUGCCAGCAUCGCGCGACUACGUGAUGCGACCUCAUCUAUCUCGCGGCUUGUUUCUAUCCUCCACUCCUUUGGGCAACGACGUGCUGAAUAAAGGUGGCGGUGGUGUUAAUAUCCUUCGUUUGAUGGACAACGAAGGAGCGCGGGAGGCCAUCUUCAUCCAGCUCUCGCACUAUUCUGGAGCUUGCCCGAAGGGAUUGUACCUAUUCCAUCUGACUACACCCGCUGUUUCGGAUGAUCCUGCGGCCGAUCUAAGGAUAUUUACAUUGCAGCUUUUCCAGUACGCCGAGCCAGAAAUCAUAUUCAGUUCAUACUUUACGCUUACUGCACAAUCACAACCGGAUAAAGGUGGCGCGGAUGAUAUCGUUUACUAUACAGACGCGCCUAGCUACGAGAUGGACUAUUAUGAUGCCAUUGCCAAUGCCCGUCACAUCUUUGGCAAGCUCUACACGGAUGUGGAAUUUUUACCACGUGCCCCAGAUGUUGAAGAGAUUGUCGUCGAUGGCGAGGAUCCAAGUGCCUUGAACGAGCAUAGUUUGCCGGAGGAUUUGCGUGCACAGCUGCAGGACAUGCAACAGGCGACUGAAGAAAUGGAUAUACAAGACUAGACAAAGUAUAUAUUUGAAUGACAGCUGCGCUUUAACCAUAGUUAAAUCUACCUUCAUCAAAACAUUAUCAAAGCACAACGACUUGAAUGUGGACUGUAAGGUUUUAACGUUAAUAAGAAAGAAAGAAUAGGUAUAUUAUACAAAGGUAUUUGUAUUGAUAAGCUUUUUUGCAUAUAUUACUAUAUAUUUAUUAGGUAAAUUAGUUAUAAGAUCUAAAAGUACUAGUAUAUAUAUAAAUGUGAGUGCUUCAGUGCAUUUUGCUUUGAUAAAUAUGUAUACCUUCGAAAAAUAUUCAUUUUUAUGCGUUGUAAAAACGUAUUUAUUUAUAUUUAUUGCUUGACGGGUUUCUGUGUGUGUGUGUGUUUGUGUUUGCACGAAGACACAAGUAAAAGUAUAAAAUAUAGGAAGAGAUUAAGGUUAAUAGUAGUUAACCGGGAAGAACAUUUCAUGGAGUCUUAUCAAUUUGGAGUGGACUUAGGCAGUAGAUAAUGCAGGCAGCUGCGAGAUGCAAAAAUAUCUUGUUAAUUCGAGAAUGUCUUCGUUGGAAGAUAGAUGAAGUCCGAAAUCAUAUAAAUUAUGAAACGAAACAAAAACUAAAAUUUUGAACAAAAUCAAUACGGAAAAAGGAGGAAAUAAGUGUUCGUGCGCUAUUUAAUAUAUGUAUGUUGUAUGUUUUGCCGACGACGUUUAUAACCACAUUUCUUUCCUGUUUUCACUGCAUUUUACAAUAAAGCUUUUGUUUUUA